GUGUGUGUCUCUCUGUCUUUGUGUGUGUGUCUCUCUGUCUUUGUGUGUGGGUCUCUCUGUCUUUGUGUGUGGGUCUCUCUGUCUUUGUGUGUGGGUCUCUCUCUGUCUGUGUGUGUGUGUUUCUCUCUCUGUCUGUGUGUGUGUGUGUGUGUGUGUGUGUGUGUCUCUCUCUCUCUCUCUCUGUCUUUGUGUGUGUCUGUCUCUCUCUCGCUCUCUGUCUGUGUGUGUGUGUGUGUGUGUGUUGAGUUUAGUCGAGUCAGAAGGUCCUGGAAAGGUUUCAGAAACCAGUAUUCAGGGUUUAACACAGGAUGUAAUCUAAAUGUCUGCCUGUUGGUUAUGACGUUAUAAUGCAUGAGACUCCCCACAGAUGGAUCGUAACCCAUCGCCGCCUCCAGACAGAGCUGAUGGGACUGAUGAAGAAGAUGAUGCUAUUGGAGAGACUGUAUAUAGCAAGCAUUGGCUCUUUAGCACCUUAACUCGCCUUAUACAGAUGGUGACCGAACAAGAAUCGGAAGAGGGAGAAGGUCUGAUAGAACUGUCUGAUGAGCUUGAGGAGGAGCUGUGUAAAGUUUGGGAUAUGGCCAUGAAUAAGUGGUGUUACAGACUCUGGGGCCUUUCAGAACAGGACGUGGCUGGUUUUCUACAGGAGUUCAAAACUCCAGACAUCCUGCUGGGAGUAAUUGCUAAGUCACGUAAUCCACGCCUUACUGAAAUCUGUGUAGGAAUUUUGGGAAAUAUGGCCUGUUUCCCUGAUACGUGUGCGUUCAUUAGCCAGAAUGACGGACUAGGUGCUGUGCUGCUCUUACUUUUGGGCGACAGUGAUCCUCCCACAUUGUUAGAGACAUGCAGGCUUCUCCUGACCUGUGUCUCUCAAGCUGAUGUCGCUCCCUUGUGGCUGGAGAGGAUACAGCAGCAGACGGCCACAUGCAACAGCCUUUGCUUCAUAAUGCGCAGUUCCACUAACGUGGAAUUAUUGAUAAAGGUAGGAGAGCUUGUUGAUAAGCUGUUUGAUGAGGACGAGGAGCUGAUGAAGAGCUGGCUGUCUGGACCAUCUAGCGAGAGUGACCAGGACAAGGACACACACCAGGACGUCGCUUCUGCGUUACUGGAAGCCGCUGUACAGCUUCGGAAGGAGAGUCCAAAGGCCCUUGAAGCGUAUCUGCAUGCUCUUCAGCUCUUAACUACGGUAGAUGAAGGGCUGCAGAAUCUCGUUUCAGAUGGAGGGUGUGGUGUCUCAGUAUGGAAGGUGGUGUGUGAAGUGGUGUGUGAGGAUCUGUGUCAGCCGGACGACCCUCCUCUCAUCCUGCAGGAGCAGAAGGCACUCCUGGCCCCCGCCCUCGCUCUGCUCUCUGCCUUAUACGGCAACCUUCAGACAAACAUCAGUUCAGCGUUGGUGGCUAGUCUUCUUCGCAUCCUGUACUUUGAUCAUGAAAAUCAGCUUGGGGAGGAGAGUCAUCACGAGUCGGGAAAUGGACCAACAGACGGAAAGACGGACGGGGAAAGAGACGUACAGCUCCAGGUGUUGGCUGAGAUAGCAGCGGAGUUGCUUUCUACUCUGCUCACAGAUGUGCCCAUGGAAGUUGUGUCAGAGUUGCUGAAAAUGGAUCAGCUUACCGAGAAGAUCUGGGUGUCUGCGUUAAAGACACUAUUGCCACAGCACAACACAUCUGUGCUCUGCUUCAUUUCCACACUGACCGAGGUGGAGCCUAAACUAGCAGACGUUAUAAAGAAGGAGUGUUCCAUCACAUCAGACUCAAACGAGCCUAAACCAGAGCCAACAUAAACUACACCAUUUUGGAUUAGACAUGCCGAUUCGAUCCUUGUAUAUAAAGAGGGCUAGGGAGCCUGUUGGAGCUCUUUGUGGUGAAGGAAGAUCCUCUCGUGCACAUUUUUUCAUCUUUCAAAUUUACAGCACGGAACUGGACUCUUAGAUAUGGUGUCCAGUUUUGUUAUGGACUGAAACAAAACAAUAUUUGACUCUCAGAUGCUGAAAUUGUUGCGUUUAUAUUGUCUUUUGUGUGCGCGCAUUGUUGUGACAGUCAGCCUAUUUAAUAAAGAAAUGUUUCUAAAAUUACUGUUACAGGUUUGAUGUAUGACAAGAUAGCCACUUGCUUAUUCUUGGAGAUAGAGCGUCAAAAUUAUACCUUGUAAAUUUAUAGUCUUAAUCCACCUUAUUACAAAUACUUUUACAGCUGUCAUGCAACUAUCCACUCAGUCGAUCAUGUG